AUGGCUACUGUCGACGCGGAUCCCGUGAUUGCUGCCGAUGAAAAUUUCGAUGAUGGCGAUUCGUCCCUCGGUGGUGACGCCGCCACUUCAACCGAGAGCUUAAGAAGCUCUAUUCUUGACUAUCGGCAUGAAAAUGGCAGAACAUAUCAUCGCUAUAAGGACGGCAAGUAUAACCUUCCCAACGACAACGAGGAGAAUGAGAGACUUGACCUUCAACACCAUCUUUGCCUUCUUACCUUUGACAACAAGCUUGGCCUUUGCCCGCCCAACUUGCCUGACUCGAAUGUCAAGCGCGUGCUCGAUCUCGGGACAGGUACUGGGAUCUGGGCUAUUGACUUUGGUGAUGAACAUCCUGAAGCUGAAGUCGUUGGAGUUGACCUCUCGCCCAGCCAGCCCAAUAUGGUCCCUCCAAAUGUGCAAUUCCUCAUCGAUGAUAUUGACGAGGACUGGACCUACACCAAGCCCUUUGACUACAUCCACAGCAGAAUGAUGAACUUUAGCGUCCAAGACUGGCCAGUUUAUCUGCAAAAGAUCUACGAUAACCUCACUCCUGGGGGCUGGGUCGAGCUCCAAGAAGUGGAUGUAAUCAUGGGCUGCGACGAUGGUACCCUUUCCGAAGACGACACUCUCGCCAAAUGGUGCAAGCUUCUCGAAGAGGCAGCCGCAAAGCUGGAACGAAAAUUCGCCAAGACGCCCUCCUUCAAGGGUUACUUGGCCGAUGCGGGAUUCACGGAAAUCGUCGAGACGCGCUUCAAAUGGCCUACCAACCGAUGGCCCAAGGACCCCAAGUAUAAGGAACUCGGAGCGUGGAACAAUGAGAACUCUAACAUCCUACUCGAAGGUCUCACUCUGGCGCCUUUCACUAGAGGCCUCAGUUGGAGUGUUGAGGAGGUGGAGUUGUUCCUCGUCAAGCUGCGGAAGGACUUCAACGACCCGAAGAUUCAUGCGUAUUGGCCUAUUUGCUCGGUUUAUGCAAGGAAGCCCGAGGCUACUUCGUAA